UGUGAGCCGGUAUGCGGACAGCAGAGGAGCACUUUACCUGCUGGGACCACAGGCUUGUAGUUUCAGGUUAAUAAAUUCUCUUUUAGAAAUGGCAGGAGCAAUCAUAGAGAACAUGAGCACUAAGAAACUGGUUAUCUUGGGAUUCUUUAUUCUUGUUUUCCAAGUUAUUUCCAUUUUGGUUGGAGCACUAAUUGCUCCCAGUCCUACCAGUGCCAUUCGCUACUUGGCUACCAAAUGCAUCAAUCACCACAGGGAACGCGGCUGGCUUGUACCGUGGGGACCAAAUCAGUGCCAGCAGAUCCACAGUUUCGAUGAGCCACUGGCAAAAACACUGGAUGCCAAUGACAUCGUGUUUGCUGUGCAUGUACCUCUUCCUAACAAGGAGAUGAGCCCCUGGUUCCAGUAUAUGCUGGCUGUUCUACAGUUUGACAUUGCUUUCAAAAUGAUCAAUCAGAUCGAAGAGGAUGUUAUCAUCACUAUUGAUGCUGGCCUGGCAUACAGGGAUGAUUUGAUAUCUGACUGGACCACUGAGUUUCGCUCGGUGGAGCAGAGGCCGCUCAGGUGCACAUUCCCAGUCCCUAAGUCCACGUUGUUGCAGACAUAUGAAAAUGAAGGCCGCUUUUAUCACUGUGACCCAAUACCAUUCAUGGAACUGGGAAGUGUGGCCCACAAGUAUUUUUUGAUUAACCUGCGCUUGCCAGUGAAUGACACAGUGAAUGUUGGCAUCGGAGAAAUAAAGGACAUCCAAAUAGUGGGCAUCCACCAGAAUGGAGGUUUCACUACAGUGUGGAUCAGCAUGAAGACUGUGUUCAGUCCCUGGAUAUUUGGGGCAACGGUUUGGUACUGGCACAGGCUCAGCCUCAUGGCAAGACCUCCAGUGCUUUUGGAAAGAGUGAUUUUUGCUCUGGGUAUCUCUAUGACGUUCCUGAACGUGCCGGUGGAGUGGCUGUCUCUGGGCUUUGAGUGGACGUGGAUCCUGCUGUUUGAAGAUGUCCAACAGGGCGCCUUCUACUCUGCACUCUUCUGUUUCUGGAUCAUCUUCUGUGGUGAACACCUCAUGGACCAAAGUCAGAGGAAUCAGCUCUCAGCAUACUGGUGGCAGGUUGGACUGGUGGUGUUUGGCUCAUCUGUUCUACUUAUAUUUGACCUGAGUGAAAGGGGGGUUCAUUUGACCAACCCUUUCUACAGUGUUUGGGCAUCAGAAACUGGGACGAGGGUGGCUAUUACCUUCAUUAUUGUGGCAGGGAUUUCUGUUUGUCUGUAUUUCCUGUCCCUGUGUGGCGUGGUACAUUGUGUGUUCAGGAACAUUGGUGGGAAAACACAGCAACUUCCUGCAAUGCCAGAGGCUAGGAGACUGCGUUAUAAGGGAAUAAUCUUCAGGUUCAAGUUUUUGAUGCUGGUAACACUAGCAUGUGCAGCCAUGACUGUCAUCUUCUUCAUCCUAAAUCAACUUUAUUUAUUUUUCACCAGGUCAGUGAAGGUCACUGGCACUGGGGAGACUAUACUCUCCAAGUCCACAGUGCUUUUCUUACAGGGAUCUACGGCAUGUGGAACCUGUAUGUUUUCAGCAUUAUCUUCCUCUAUGCCCCCUCCCACAAGCACAACAAAAACAAGUCAGGAGACAGUCAACAAACAGAUACGCUGGAGAAGCCAGAAAGCCAAGAGAGCCGGCUGACAUGUGGAGAGCAGGGGCCAACAGAGACCUACAGGAUCACUGGGAAGGUGGCUGAGGAGUAACUGCCAGGCUCAGUGUAGUUUAGAAAACAUGUUUUUUUGUGUUAUUUCAUUAUAAUAGCUCUACUGUGUUUAACCCAUGCAGACUUUCUAGAAUAAUGUGUGACAUGACACAAAACAUAGAUAAUAGGGAACAGUGAAAGUUAUAGGGAGGUGCUGUAAGUCAGUAGAUCCUCCUAAAUGAUAUACACUCUACCUUUAAUACAUCAAAUAAUUGAGAGGGUAUUUAUUAUCAUUCUCAGAUCCUAGUCUUUAUUUUCCCUGUAAUCAGUAUGUUAUAUGAUUAUUGAUAUCAUAUUGUACAUUUUCUGGGAAGUUAUUAGGAAUCUGAGAUGGGAAUGUUUGUUUUUGGCUAAACCAUUGGAUUGAUAAUAUAAAAGCACUUUAUCACACUUAUGCAAAGUACUGUAAAUUGAAUACUGUCUCUAACCUGUCAUGCUUAUUGAUUGCUGGAACACCCAGAGAUAUAAAGAGAUAGAUACUUCAAUAUAAAUAAUAUGGACACAUUUCUGGCAGAAAAAAAAAUUCUCUUAUGGUGUGCUUAUUAAACUAAAUUAGUGUCACAGUGUCAGAGGGCAACCCUCGCAGUAGCCAGAAGGCCGAAUCAGUGAAUCUUA